UUACAGUAAACUAAGAUAUAAGAAAAAACUAGUAUAUUAAUAUUCAACAUUAUUUUUAUUAAGUUCGACUGAUGCUUUAAAAAACUGGCGAUUUUUUAAAUAAUUAAUUCAGUAUUUAAUUAUAGUUUUGUUAUAUAAUUUAUUGAACUAUUGUAGAUCUAUAUUUAAUUAUUUUUUUGGAUGGAGUUUACGUCGCACGAACACUGUGAUGGUCAAUGGCGACAUUUCAGCAUUACUGAUAGAGGAAUACCACAGGAGCCCUUUUGUGCAUUAUUUCAGUGACAAACAUUCACCUGAGUAGAACCACUGAUGGUCGGAAUGCUAGUUGCACUAAAAUAUCUGAAGUCCCUAGCGGGAUUCGAACCCAGAUUGGAGAGAGGAUCGUCAUAUCUACACGACUGUGAUAUCCGAUUUAUGAUCCCAAUUUACCUCAUUGUGAGCGGGCUUGCACCGCUAUAUUUCACAAAACUUAUCUGCGGAGGUGAUGAUAGCAGUGACUGCUCUUUAUGGCAGAUAUGCUGGUCAAUCGCUGGAUUCUUAUUUUGUCUUGCCUGGCUUAUAUGCGGUUCGGUAUGGGUGUACCCUACUUAUAGCACUGUGAUGGCAGAAGACUUCAGACCGUGUACCGACACAAUAACAGAAAAUUGUUCUUAUGGAACUUGUGACACAGUAAUUAUCAAAUUUGCAUUUGCCAUGGUCACGCUUGAUUGGAUUUUUCUGGUGCUUAUGAUAGUACUUUUUAUUUGGGCAAUGUUUUCAGAUAAAAGUGAUAAAAAUUGAAAACAUUCGAAUUUUGGCUUUCUUAUGAAAGCAAUGUAUGAAGACAAAAUGAAACGCUUUGGUGAAAUAUGAGUUCAAAGGUAUAUACAUGUAUUACAAGGUUUUUUUUUACAGAAAUUAAUUUCUAGUUAUCUGCCCUUGAAUUUGAAAAUUUCUUUAAUAUCUGAAGGACAGGUAAUUCACAGUUUCUCGUAGGAUGAUCAAAAAUUUGAGCCGCGUCACGACAAAACCAACAUAAUGUGUUUGCGACCAGCAUGGAUCCAGACCAGCCUGCGCAUCCGCGCAGUCUGAUCAGGAUCCAUGCUGUUCGCUUACAAACCCUAUUACAAGUAGGGAAACUGAUAGCGAACAGCAUGGAUCCUGAUCAGACUGCGCGGAUGCGCAGGCUGGUCUGGAUCCAUGCUGGUCGCUAACCCAAUAUGUUGGUUUUGUCAUGACACGGCUCAUUUGUUUUUCAUGUACAUUUUACAUGUAGCUGACUUCCUUUCGUGGGACUGAAAAAUUUAAAAAAAACUGCUUUAGGGUAUUUUUUUUAUUGUUCUUCUUUUCAAGUGAAUGGCCUAUAAUAAUGAAAUGUCAUCAAUAGACCUUUUUACAAUACGAUUCUUCCAUAGCAACCAAUGUUGCAUUUCGCGCAUGCGCAUUCUGCGUAGGACAAAAGCGCAAUAAAAUUGACAACAAUGUAUGAUACUUUAAGGCUUUAAUAGUCGUUAAUAGCUUUUAGUAACGGACAUAAUAACAAACCACGUAAAAUUAUUCAUAAAUGUUAUUGACAAGUGUGAGAUAUAUAAGCCAACACAACAUAAUUAUAUCUAUAUAGCAAUUAAUAAAAUGUUCUAGAACAAAAUAUUAAUAUUCAUCAUACAAAAUUUCAUAGGACCUAAGACCUUUGUCAACCUUUUUCCCCCCGAAUAAUUGUUUCAUAAGAAUAUCCAAAUGACACAAUUCUAUUGUUUUUAUUUGUAUUUGAAAUAAUUUUGGAAAAUAUUCCCAUUGUAGACCAAUCCACUUUAAACCUAAGCCAAUUUUCUUUACAAAAUGGUAUAUUUUUAAUGAAUUUUCAGUCAUUUGACGUUGAAAAAAAAAUGUAACAAAAACGUUUAAUGGAACGAAAUUUUGUAUUGUGACAAUGGAUAAAGUAAAAAAGUAACCAGAAGAAAAAGUAAGGUAUGCAAAACCUUUAUGUAAGUUAACUUCCUUUGACAUCACUGAAAUUUGCAAAUUCAAGGGCAGAUAAUUAUGUUGUACAUUUUUCAUUCUGCCUUAAUGCCUUUAUCAAGUAUAGCCUUAAAGUUCCUAGUACCAUUGUCAUAUUGUUGUUUUUGGCUUGUAAGACAGACUGAGUCAGGACCGCGGCAACAGCAUCGACAUAGGCGGUAUAUCGAUAUAGGAGGUAUAUCCAUAUAAACGAUUUCUUUUUAAGAGGAGUUUACUGUAGAUGGAUUAUCUUGCAUUAUUGAAAUGUUAUACAGGUAAUUUUACUCACGUGACUUGAGGUGUACGGACAGAGAAAGUGAGCAUUGUUGGUAUAUCAGUUGAGUAAAUGCCUCUACAGAAUUAAGCAUAUCAUAAUUAUGUUACCAUACAAGAGUAUGAAAUUGAUACAUAAAAUAUGCCUUAGAUUUUUUACCUUUUGCUUAAAUAAAUUAUUUGAAAAUUCUCAA